UGCAUAUUUACAAAACAGUACAUAUUAUAAACAAACUGGAUUAUACCAUGUCCACAGAAACAGGGACUGAAACAAGGGAUUUAACCAUGUCAUCGGGCACAGAGGCUGCAGCAAUGAAGCAGAGGGUUGUGGCUAUAGCUGUGGACGGAAGUGAAAACGCAAAAUAUGCUUUUCAGUAUUACGUGCAAGAAAUAAGAAAAGAAAAUGACAAAGUUUUUUUGAUACAUUCUGUUGAAUUUAACAGUAUUCUACAUACAACACGUUGGGAUAGUUCCCCGUUUACUAUUGACAUGGACACCAUAGGAUCACUGAUGAAGCAGGAAGACCAGAAAACUAGACAGAAAAUGAAACAGUUUGAAACUCUGUUGAAAGAAUCAGGGAUAGAUGGUACAGUGAAAAGCGUUCAUGCUGAACAAACCGGUGAAGCUAUAUGCAAAGCUAUCGGUGAAAUUAACGCGUCACUUGUUGUCAUGGGAACGAGAGGAGUCGGCAAGAUUCGGCGUACAUUCAUGGGAAGCGUCAGUGAUUACGUUGUACAUCAUUCACACGUCCCUGUGUUGAUUUGCAGAAAAUGAACAUGGACAGAAGGAUGCAUUUGUGAAAGGACCAACUGGUUGAAUUUUUUUUUUACAUGUUUACAAAGUAGCCAUUUAUUUUUAUUUAAUAAACGUUUUAUUCCAACGAAUUUUCAUAUGCUUUAGGAUUUGUAAUGUACCCAGCAUUUUAAAGGAAACCCGAAAUAGAACUCGAAAAAGGAGUAUUUGAUUUAAAAUGUUUAACACUAUAUUUGCAAAUUCUGCCUGAAAGACGUUUGUUGUUGGUUUUUUUUUGGAAAAUUAAAGGAACUAUAUCAUUU